GAUUGAGUGAAAGAUCCAGCGCAUCAAAGGAAACUUUAUGGAACUAAAACCUUCAUUAAUUGUAGGAAGAUGGAACUUGUCAUGUUUCCUGUUCUAGCUAUAGCUGCUACUCUCUUUCUACUUGUACUUAAUCAAUCCAUAAAAGCCCUGAAAACCAGAUUCUUACCCAGUCCCAAUCUUCCUCCGGGAAGCCUAGGAUGGCCUCUUAUAGGAGAAACUCCAGCUUUCUUUCAAGCAUCACUUGAAGCAAAACCAGAAAAGUUCAUCAGAGAGAGAAUGGAAAAAUAUGAUUCAAGGGUUUUUAAGACAUCCCUGCUAGGAGAGCCAUCUAUCGUCUUCUGUGGAACUGCAGGGCACAAGUUCAUUUUUAGCAAUGAGAAUAAGCUGGUUAAUCUUUGGUGGCCAAGCUCAAUAAGGAAGCUCUUCAAAUCAAGUUUGGUUAAUUUAGUUGGCGAUGAGGCCAAGAGGAUAAGGAAGAUGCUCAUGACGUUCCUCAGUCCAGAUGCUCUCAAGUCUUUUACAGAGAGGAUAGAUAUGGUCACUCAAGAGCAUAUUAGGAAACAUUGGGAUGGGAAAGAGGAGGUGACUGUGCAUCCAACUAUCAAGUUAUUCACAUUUGAGCUAACUUGCUACUUAUUUGCAAGCAUCAAUGAUCCAGUAUGCAUAUCCAAGCUUAUUACACAAUUCAAUUUGCUUCUCAAAGGGAUACUUUCCUUCCCAAUCAACAUACCUGGGACAAGAUUUUACAGGGCUAUGAAGGCUGCUAAUGUGAUCAGGACGGAGCUCAAAUUGAUUGUUAGACAAAGAAGAGAAGCACUGGAGAAGAAAAUUGUGUCACCCCCACAAGACCUUCUUUCAUAUUUGCUUGUGAACGCAGAUACAAGUGGAAAGUUCCUAUCUGAGAUUGAGAUAAUUGAUAAUAUCCUGCUUUUGCUUUUUGCUGGUCAUGAUACUUCCAGAUCUGCCUUAACAUUACUCAUGAAGUAUCUUGCAGAAAUGCCUCAAGUGUAUGCAAAAGUUCUACAAGAACAUCUUGAUAUUGCAAAGUCCAAAGAGCAAGGGGAGUUUUUGCAUUGGGAAGAUGUACAGAAAAUGAGUUACUCAUGGAGUGUGAUCUCUGAAGUUUUGAGACUCUCUCCACCUGUAACUGGUGCUUAUAGACAGUCUAUAGCAGAUUUCACAUAUGAAGGAUAUACAAUCCCAAAAGGAUGGAAGUUGCAUGUGAGCAUUGGUUCAACACACAAAGAUCCAGCUCUUUUUCCAAAUCCAGAAAAUUUUGAUGCUUCAAGAUUUGAAGGAGGAUCAGGAGCUGCUCCUUAUUCAAUUGUUACCUUUGGAGGGGGACCAAGGAUGUGCAUAGGGUAUGUGUUUGCUCGCCUAGAAAUGCUUGUUUUCCUUCAUAACAUCAUUAGAAGAUUCAAAUGGGAAGUGCUAAUGCCUCAAGAGAGUUUUGGAUAUGAUCCCAUGUUGGCACCAUCACAUGGAUUUCCCCUUCGCCUUAAGCCACUUCAAUCCUAAUUAAGUGUAGGAAAAUCUAUGGCAAACUAGGUAUAUGCAAGAAAAAUCCUUUAAGUCUAAUAUGUUUAUCAAGCAAAUUCCAAUAUACUUAUAUAUGUGCACAUACUUGAUUUGGCGCUUAUUUUA